AUGUCCCCUUGCGCCCAAAAUUUUUUUCUUUGCCGUCUUUUGUUCUCCGCACUGUUUUUCCCCCUCACUUCUCUGCUUGAAAUUUUUACGAUGCCCAUUUUACCAACCUCAGUUAAGCAGCAGCAGGGUGCUCAUCAAGGCUGGCUUACAGCUGAACGUAUGAGUCCAUACUCACGUGGGCCACCACCUAAUAGCCGUUCUCCCUCUGUGGCUCUUUUGCUCCGAUCUCUAAACAACCACGGUGCUCUACAAAAUUGUUCAGAUCACUUUCUCACUUCCACUUCAAUGCAAGGGUCGCCGUCGGCCCUUGAAGUUGGGCCCAAUAACCGUGCGCUACAGAGCAUUGUUCCGGGCAUGGGCAAUACCCCGUCUCAAAGCUCCCAAAACAACAUUUCAGGCACGCCUUCAACCCAGGGUGCGAUAUCUAACCUGGGUAUCCAGCCGAUGUCUCCAGACCAUAGUGGCAACGAACUUGAAGCCAAUCACCUUGGUGGUGAACGAGAAGAUCAGGCUUUAACCGACAUCGCACGACCUCUUACUGCCUCUGAACAAGCCUUCUUGCAAGCCUUGUCCACCGAGUGUGGAUUGGAUGAACAUCACCAGGAUUACGUCCAGACGCUAGCUUGGCAAAGCAACCUUUCCAUGAGGGUGACCGGCCUUGUCGAGACUAUCACCGGCCUUGUCAAGACUGUGACCGGACUUGCCGACACUGUUCAAGCACUUGCCGAUGAGAUACGCACUCCAGGCUUGGUUGCUGCCCGCGCGGUGCCUGCUCCAGUCACUGGUGGUCCGACUCCUGCUUCAGCUGCGAGCUCCAACGCCGCGGCGCCCACCACCCCAUGGGUUGCCUCGUCAUUGCUACUGGAUGCAAUCUCCCAAUUGGCAGACAAGAAGGUUACAUUGCCCUUGCUCGAGGGAUACACCGCACUCAAAGCUGCGAAUGGUGUCACCCUUACCAAUUCUCUCUUCAAUAUUGUGAAGCUUGAGUUAGCCAAGAAACCUGCGGCCUGGAAGGACGAACACCUGCCACGCAAAGUACUAGGGAUAACCGAUUCCCAGGGUGUCAAGCAAUACUAUACUGACAUCAAGAAUGGAUGCAAACACGCUCGAGGGAAAAUGCACAAUUCAGUCUUAAGUGGGGUGUAUGAGUCAAAAGCCGGCGUCAUACUUACCAACCCCGUGCCCGAUCUCCCGGAACUUGUGUUCAUUAUUGGGAAGGGGCCUACUUCAAUAUGGGCGGCUGUUGACAAACAGCUUGAAAAGCUUCUUCGGGAGGAAAGGAAUCGCAUGGGAAAAGAUGGUUAUACUUCUGGAGAUUACACUGCCUCGUGUGUAUCUUUUCUCUAUCAUCAAUACGGACUGGUCGUCACUUAUACUGAAUCAAAGAACGGGUCCAGGUUCUAUAAGGUUGUAUAUGACCAAGACCGCGAUUAUUUCACGGGCAAGACCUUAUUUCAAGACUUGAUUAAGUUAUACUCAUUUGAAUUGCCAUCCGAAGAUCAAAUCGAAGCAGGGAUUGCACCAACGCCAACGCAAAACGUCGAACAAAUGGAGCUUAAUGAAGAAGGCUUGAUGGAUAUCUAA